UUGCCCGUAAAAGUCCUCAAAACAACUUUCAUCUUUCUUCCAUUUCAGCCAACUAGACCUCGAAUUCAGCUGUGUGGCAAGAACAUAGCUGUUUAUAAAUCCAUAUUCUCGCAAACUUUGGCCUUAAAAUGUUCAAUAUGUUGGGAGGCGACCUCGACGACGACCCAAUAUUUGGGUUUCACUCCAGGGCCAUGAACCAAAUGAAUGCGAUGAUGAACUCCGUCAUGUCAGACGCCUUUGGGGACAUGAUGGGAGGCAUGCGGAUGCCCGGAAUGGGCUUCCCUGGCCUUCUCGGCGGCCCUCUGAUGGGCAUGGGAGGUGGACAGAUGAUGCCCCGAGGUAGGCCCGGUCCAGGAAUGAUGAAUCCCUUCAUGAUGGACGCAGGAAACAACGGUCUAUCGUACAGCUCAUCCUCGAUGACCUCAAUGACGAUCGGACCCGACGGGCGCCCUCAAGUUUACCAAGCCACCUCAACCACCAAAGCAGCUCCAGGCGGAGUCAAGGAAACCACAAAGACUGUGUCAGACUCGAGGACGGGCACCAAGAAAAUGGCCAUCGGACACCACAUUGGCGAAAGGUCGCACAUCAUUGAACAGAGACAAAACACACGGACUGGACAAAGAGAGGAACACAUAGAGCUCGUCAACCUUUCUGAUGCUCAUUUAGAUGAGACCGAGGAGUUCAAUAACGAGUGGCAAUCAGCUACAAGGGGAUACCCGCGCAGUAGUAGUGCGAAUCAAAGAAGGAUCGCCCACUACGGUGGAGUUACUAUUGAAGACGUGACUGAAGAUACUGGGAACAGGGAGCAACUUGCAUUGGCUGCUCCCCCUCCAAGCACUUCCCAAAGAGUAAGACAUCCUAAGACAAGCCCAUCUACUUCCAAAUCUCAAACAAGCCAUGAAAGGGCCAAGAAGCGUGAUCAUGGUGCCGGAGGAUCUUCCCGCGCUGCCAAGCAACACAGGAGCAAACACACCUACUAGCCGAAGCUGUUCAAUCUGGCAGUUGUUGUGGUCGCUAAGUUUGCAAGAUAAAGAACUUGAAAUGUGUUACUCUUAUCUCUUUUUCCACUUUUGUUGUAUGUGUUUAGUGUAUUCCACUACUCUUAAAACAGAGAUUUUCCGCCUCCUUAUAUUAUAAUGUAUGAAGAAGGCACUUAGGUAUAAUAUUAUUUUGGGAUUGCAAAUUGCAACAACACCAAAUAAUGUAUGAGAGCAUUCUGAUUUAGUCUGCAAAUCUAGCAGACGUCUAUUCUUUUGAAUUAUUCGACUCUGCAUAAAUUAUAUGCUAAUAAAACCCAAAUCACGUGUA